AUGGCAACAGCGGUGGCAGCUAUAACGGCCACUAGUAGCACAAAUAAUCCUGUCAGCACAUACUUUCUUCAGAAGAUCCAUGAAUUACGUUCACAGGAGAAACGGUUGCAUGAUAAUUACUUACGUCUUGAGGCUCAGAGGAAUGAACUCAACAGACGUGUUCGUCACCUAAAGGAGGAGGUGCAAAUGUUGCUUGAAAGUGGAUCCGUCGUUGCAGACGUUGUGGAGAUAAUGGAAAAGGGAAAAGUAUUGGUUAACCUCAGCUCUGGUCAAGGAAAGAUGAUAGUGGAUGUAGACAAGACUAUAAAUAUUGCCGAUCUCUCCCGUAACACACGUGUGGCCCUUCGCAACUCCACCUAUGCCAUUCACUACAUUCUUCCUACGAAGAUUGAUCCUCUGGUUUCUCUGAUGAAGGUGGAAAAGGCCGGAAGCGACUCCACCUAUGAUGAGAUUGGUGGUCUCUCACGACAGGUGAAGGAGAUUAAGGAAGUGAUUGAACUGCCGGUAAAACACCCGGAACUCUUCGAGGCUCUCGGUAUUGCGCAGCCAAAAGGUGUUUUACUCUACGGUCCUCCAGGCACAGGAAAGACACUACUCGCACGUGCAGUGGCCCAUCACACCGAUUGUACGUUUAUUCGAGUCAGUGGAGCAGAGUUGGUGCAGAAGUAUAUUGGUGAGGGUGCACGAUUGGUGCGAGAACUUUUCGUGAUGGCACGUGAACACAGUCCAUCUAUUAUUUUUAUGGAUGAGAUUGACUCUAUUGGGUCUACUCGAUUGGAAAAUAAAGGUCGCAGUGGGGAUAGUGAGGUACAACGCACCAUGUUAGAGUUACUCAAUCAAUUGGAUGGUUUUGAAUCUACACAGUCUAUUAAAGUUAUUAUGGCUACCAAUCGUAUGGAUAUUUUGGAUGAAGCGUUAUUACGUCCAGGUCGAAUUGAUCGAAAAAUUGAAUUUCCCGCACCUGAUGAGGCGGCUCGAUUUGAAAUUCUUAAAAUUCACUCUCGAAAAAUGAACCUUACUCGUGGUAUUAAUCUAAAGAGUAUUGCAGAGAAGACGAAUCACUGCUCUGGUGCUGAGAUUAAAGCUGUUUGUACAGAAGCGGGAAUGUUUGCCCUGCGAGAACGCCGUGUGCACAUCACACAAGAAGAUUUUGAACUUGCGGUGGCAAAGGUUAUGCACAAGGAUCAGGACAAGAGUGUCUCCUUAAAGAAGAUGUGGAAAUGA